GUUUAACUUGGAAAAACGGAAAAAAAAAAUCAAUGGAGGACGAGAGUACUGCUCUCAGCUCCCCGAACUCCAAAGAAGAAGAAGAAGGGGAAAAUGAUGAGAAUAUUUUGAUGUUUUUAGAUUCUUUAGACAGCUACGUCACCCUCAUGGAUUCAUUGACUUCCUCCCUUCGGAAGGGAUGGUUGGACCUGGCCAGCGCUCGCCAUUCUAUGGGAUCAUCACGUGUCUCUAGUUCAUUGUUGGAUCUUAAAGAACAAUCUGCUGCAACUACAGUGCAAGUUUCUGAAUCAAUCAAAGAAUCUCAUUCUGAACUACACUAUACGCUAUCAAAAUGGGGCUCUUCUCUGGAAGGAAACACGUAUUCAUUUGAAGAGGCUGUUGAGGAGGUGCCAAACCCUACUAUUUCACAGCUAAGGCGUAGAGGAUCAUCCCAUCUUCAUGAGGGGUCCCAGGAAACAUAUCCAGCGAGUGCAAAUGAUGCUUCUCCUAAUGCUGCUGACAAUAAUCAGAUUCAGAAGGAGAGAUCUAAACCUUUAGCAGUUUUCGGAACUUUGGUAUCCCCCAAGCUUAGGACUGCCCAAGUUUCGUUUGAGUCAGCCUUGGAAACUAUUGUAGAAAUAGCAAAUAUGCGAUCCUCCAUGUUGUCAGCUUUCUCUCGGUUGCGGAAGGAACAUGCAAUUCAAAUUGAGGUGCCAGAGAAUCAACUGUCUUGAUCUUCUAUUAUUAUCAAAAUUCGAACAAUGUAUCUCCACUUCACAGUGAAAUGUGAAAGAGCAUUUUUGUAAUGAAGCACCAGUAUACUAAUAUGUUAAGAGAUACAGAUCGCACCUUAAUGAUAUAAAAGUCUCUUGCAUUUCUCAAUUCAUGAAGCUGUAAUAUCAUGAGAAGUAUGGGAGA